UUCUUUCACCUUCAAUCAUCUAGAACAGAAGAGUCACUUUUUGUUCUUUUUCCUGAAAUUCUCAAACGACCCCACAACCAAAUAAAUUUAAUUUCUUCUCUUUAUUUUGGAGCUUUCCUCCUCCAUAUUGACAAUUCCUUUCCACGAUCACACUUCAAACAGAACACCUGAUCAAACUCUUUCACGAUAGUUUUCGUUGCAUAUGGCCAAUCUUGAUGGUGAUGAUGAACCUGAAUGGAUAAAGAGGGUGAAAUCAGAAGGUGCCGUUCCUCUUCUGGAACCAGAUAACUGCUCAAAUGGUUGGGCUUCUCCACCAGGGAAUAGUUUCAUGGUAAGAGGUCCAGAAUACUUUUUAACAAAGGGUAAAGUUCGUGGGGGUGAGUUUCUUCUAAAACCUCUUGGUUUUGACUGGAUUAAAGGUCCCAAAAAGAUUUCUGGUCUCCUGAAUAGUCCAACACACCGUAUCAGCAGGGCUCUUCAAGAGGAAAAUCCAACUGGUUGCAAACCCUUUGUUUGGGCUUUCAACUUGCAAGUUCCUAGUAAGGAAAAUUAUAGUGCCGUUGCAUAUUUUGUGGGUCUUGAGCCUGUCCCCGAAGGGUCUUUAAUGGAGCAGUUCUUGAAAGGGGAUGAUGCAUUUAGAACUAGAAGGCUUAAAUUGAUAGCAAAUGUUGUUAAAGGACCUUGGAUUGUAAGAAAGGCAGUUGGGGAGCAAGCUAUAUGCGUAAUUGGCCGUGCGCUGACAUGUAACUACUGUAUAGCAGAUGACUUCAUAGAAGUAGAUAUUGAUAUUGGAUCUUCCGUGAUAGCAAAUGCAAUUGUUCAUCUCGCAUUUAAUUAUCUAUCAACUCUUACUGUUGAUUUAGCUUUCCUUAUUGAGAGCCAAACUCAAUCAGAACUACCAGAACGCAUUUUAGGAGCUGUAAGAUUUUCAGAGCUGAAAACCACUUCAGCACAGCCAGUUGAAAUGCCAUGUGAUGGGAACAUGGGAGAGUUGCCGCCUUCUUUCUCUUCAAGGUUAUGGAAAUCGUUUGGGCACAGUUUUUCUCACCGUGUUCAGACAGAUGCUCAAGAUGGUAGCUCCAACUCCAGCUCAUCACAUGUAGAGGGGGCUGUUGAUAGUGGGAUGUCCGAAGAAGAUACAAAAAAAUAACACCAAGAUUAGGGUUUUCUCUCGGAUCGUGUCCUCUUUCCAAUGAAGACAACAUUGUCAUUUUCCUUGCAAUAUAUCCCUUGCUCUCUGUGUUCUUCAUUAAACAGUUCCCUCCUUGUAUUCUUUCUUGGAUGUUUGAGAUGAAGGCUGUUACUCAAGUUAUAUGCAUCAAAUAUCCGCUCAUGUUCUUACUGCAUAUACUGAUACGUUUCUUAAUAUUUGAACACUGCAGACCUCAACACUGUAAAUUCGACGAAUUUCUUGAAAGGUUCUAUGGCUUCAGGCGUGAGGAAUCUUACUAUUAGUCUCUUGUUGCUUGUGAUGGCUAACCAAUAUUUGUGGCAGUAGAAUUAUAUACUACAAACAGAUGCAUACAGCUCUGGGGCAAAUUUAGCGACACGGAACUGCAGUAACAUUCUUCGGCUGUAUUGGCCUCUACCAUUUUCUCAUUUCUUUCUGAAAACCCACUUCUUCACCAGCUGCUCAUUCACUUGUAUUCUUGAUAUUGAUUUUUCUUUGCUUAUAUCGAUUGCUCGGCAACAAUAGGAUACUAAUUUGAAGGGGUUUGAUCGGUCAUACAUUGUUUCUUUUC